GUAGCGUGCCGUGGUUACCGUUGCUAGGCGAGCGGCGCCGCCGGCUUCCCCACGCUCGGAGGGCGGCGAUGGUGAAGGAAACCAUCCGGGUGUACGCGCGGGUGAAGCCGCUGGGCAGGCGGCAGCAGGCGGGGAUUUAUUCAGUUGACAAUGACGAGAAAUCUCUAUCCAGUCUGGAGAUUAUUGUGCCACGUGAUUUAGCAGAUGGGUUUGUCAAUAAUAAACAAGAGAGCUACAAGUUCAAAUUUCAGAAAAUUUUUGAUCAAGAGGCAAAACAAGAUGUGGUUUUUGACAACAUUGCCAAACCAGUAGCAGAAUGUGUUUUGGCAGGAUAUAAUGGUACUAUCUUUGCAUAUGGUCAGACAGGCAGUGGCAAAACUUUUACCAUCACAGGAGGAGCAGAACGUUACAGUGAUCGAGGCAUCAUUCCCAGGACUCUGUCUUAUAUUUUUGAUCAACUGCAGAAGGAUGGCAGUAAAGUGUAUACAACUCAUGUUUCCUACUUGGAAAUCUACAAUGAAUGUGGUUAUGAUCUGCUGGACCCAAGACACGAGGCCUCCAGAUUGAAAGAUUUACCAAAAGUGACAAUCAUGGAAGACCCUGAUCAGAACAUUCAUCUGAAAAACUUGUCUCUUCAGCAAGCGACCAAUGAAGAGGAAGCCUUAAACUUGCUCUUCUUGGGAGACACCAACAGAAUGAUUGCUGAGACACCAAUGAACCAAGCCUCAAGCCGAUCGCACUGCAUUUUCACUAUUCACAUCUCCAGCAAGGAACCUGGAUCUGCAACUAUCCGACGUUCCAAGUUACACUUAGUAGACCUUGCUGGAUCAGAGCGUGUUGCAAAGACUGGAGUUGGAGGUCACAUACUGACAGAAGCCAAAUAUAUCAACCUCUCAUUACAUCAUUUGGAACAGGUAAUAAUUGCUCUUGCAGAGAAAAACCGGUCCCACAUUCCUUACCGAAACUCUAUGAUGACUUCGGUGCUAAGAGACAGUCUGGGAGGAAACUGCAUGACUACCAUGAUAGCGACGCUCUCUGUAGACAGAAGAAACAUAGAUGAAUCUAUAUCAACCUGCAGAUUUGCACAGCGAGUUGCUCUUAUUAAAAAUGAAGCAGUUCUUAAUGAAGAAAUUGACCCCACACUGAUGAUUAUCAAGCUGAAAAAGGAGAUCCAGGAGCUGAAGGAUGAGCUGAUGCUGGUGACUGGGAAGCAAAGAACAUCAGAGCUUUCACAAGAGGAGCUACUUCAGUUGGAUGAGUUAAUUGAAACAUUUAUUGAAGAUAAUGAUCCCGAUAGCACUCUGGAUGUUGGUGCUGACAUGCGCAAGAUCAAAUAUUGCUUCAUUCAUUUGAAGCAGCUAAUGAAUGAUUCAAAGAUGACUGAUAAAAAUCUGCCCUUGCAACACAACUCUGAAGAAAAAGACACUAACAAAGAAGUAGGAGAAGAAGAACUAAAAAAACUGAAAGAACUUCUGCAGCAAAGAGACAAUGAAAUCAAUGUACUGGUAAAUAUGCUAAAAAGAGAAAAAAAGAGAGCACAAGAGGCUCUUUUCCAGCUUAAUGCUGCCUCUGCUGGUUCUACAGUCUUGGAGCAGUCUCUUUGUGUAAACUUGGAAGAAAGUCAGAGCCCAGCUAGCUCUUCUAGUUUGAAAGAGGCAAAAGAUUUCAGCUCUUCAGUUCACAGACCACCUUUUCUUUCCAGACAAACAGGAGGAAAGAUGUCACUUGGAUGUCAGGAAGCUUUUGAAGUUUUCAAGCAGGACCAUGCUGACAGUAUAACCAUUGAGGACAACAAAGAGCUUCUAAAACAGAGGUAUGCUGAAGCUAAAUGCCUUGGAGAAAAAUUAAAUAAAGUGAGAAAUACAAUAAAUCAUCUGAAAGGAGAAAUAACCCAGAGGCACAUUCAGAGGGCAGUUCUUGCUAUUUCCAGUCCUUCUGAAGAGCUAAAUACACUUGAUCCAGUAGAAGAGCAACUUCGAACACAAAUUGAAGAGGAAAAAAAAAGUUAUAAAACCAUGUUCAAUCGCUUGAAAGGGCUGAAGGUAGAGAUUGAGCACCUGCAGCUUCUUAUGGAAAAAGCCAAGAUGAAGCUGCAAAAAGACUUUGAAGUCUGGUGGUCUGAAGAGGCACAAAAGCUACAGCAGGAAAAGCCAGAGAUGGUUAGCUCAUCAAAUACUGUGACUGUUUAUCCUCAGCUUAGAAAACCCUCACAACACCUAUCAAUUAACAGCUUUUCAGAGACCACAAGAGUCAGCCCCAGUGAAGAUCCAGCUGGGAAAAACAAUUCAAUCAUUUCUAGUAACCCAAUUUCUAAAACAAGGACCCCAGCAAGUUCAAGCACAUCUAUUCCUCUGACUGGAGACAGCCAGGCUGAUGCUGACAUCCUAGCUUUCAUGAAAGCAAGACAGAACAUCCUGCAAAAGAAAGGCUUGGGGAACAAAUGAAAUUCUUCUUGCAGUCUACUAUUUCCUUUUAGAAAAAAAGACCUUUAUUCUUUGCCUUCCUCUUCUGUAUAGAAACAGGUAUGAAUAACUACUUUAGAUGUACAGAUUUAGUUGUUAAAGAUAUAGAAGUGAAUAGUAUUUGAAUAUUUGCACUCAAUAUCUUCAGCUUACAUUAAAAUUAAGCAAAACUAAAACAACCAAUCAGGAGUUUGCCAAAUAUGUUUCUUUAUUGAGGACUCAUUGUAUGAUUUCUAAAUGUUAAAAUUAUCUAAUGUCUUAAUGCUCUUCUACAUUUUUAAUCUGGGGAACACUUAUUUCUACUGAUGGUAUUUUUGUUUGCAUAGGUUUGCAGAAGGCUAUAUUAAUUUCAGCCAGUCAGCAUCCAGAGACUUCUGUGCAAAAAUCAUAGUUACAAAACAUUACAAAAGUCUAUACAAUUUCAUUUGAGACCUUUUGCUGAUUUUUUUUUCUCCAAGAAAUAGUAGUUUUCAUAUCAGAUUAUUAGAAUACUGAGAUUGCAUUGUAAUAUGAACAUAAUUUUUUAUUAGAAAGGAAUUCUAGAGUU